GGAUGUUAGCUCCCCUGUUGGAUUGUUUACAUUAUUGUGCUUUGGGUGGGAGGCUCAAAAUUUAAAUAAUUUCUUAAACAUAGCCUAGAGCUUAGAAUUUAAUACAUUGAAAUAAAAGAUUAAAUGCAAAAGAUUUUGUAAAUAUUGGAAGUUUACCAUUUCUUUUCUUAUAAUUAAAUAGGCUUAGACUUAAAGUUAGUCGUAGACUCCACAACGUCAUAGUCAUACCGGUACAUCAAUUGUCAAUAUUAAGUCAAAUAAGAGUUAAGACCACUUUUAAGACUAACCUGCCUUAACUUACUAUUAAGAGUAGGUAAGAGUUAAGUAGCGACGAAAACAGCCAUCGAUGCCUACCAACAAAUGAUUGAGAAUCACAAAUACAAUUAUUACAUAUUUUGGUAAAUGUAAAGAGAUAGCACCGUGUUUUUUCACCAUCCCCCUCCUUGGUUGCUGCAACCUGCGAACUUAUGUCCUAAAUUUAUCCGUAUAAAACCUAACCUGAACCCUAAGGCCUAAAUGUAAAUCCAUCCCUAAACCUAACCUGAACCCUAAACUGAUCCUUAACCUGGGUUUUGACCCUACCAGAACCAGGGACAAAACACAAAUUAAAUGAUGUCAGUGGCCAGGGUGCUAUCUCUUCACAUUAGACAUUAGCCCAUAUUUUAAUUAAUGUCUGUUAAUUUUUAAGUUCUUGAUUAUGCUUGUCAAAUUGUUUGUACAGCUUGGUGAGCCCAGCCCUAGGCUGGGGUACCGCCCCAUAUAAAACCACCACUAAUAAUAAUAAUAAUAUUAAAUGAUAUUUAUUACUGUUAAAAUAGUAGUAUUAUUAAAGGCUGCGGCUAUUCGGGCCUGGGUCCGAGGGUGAGAGUUUGGGUUUAUUAAAAAAUAUUUUAAAAUUAUUGUAGGGUUUGUAAGACAAAAUUUGGUAUCAAAUGAAAGAUAAUUGAAUGAACUAUAUGUUUGUAUACUUAUAUCUUCUGCUUAACUUAAUUAAACUACCACAAAUGACAUUCAAAUAGCAUUUAGUCAAAAUGGAACAGGAAACGCAGUUUUCACAUCUAUGACAAAUGGGUUACGAAACAGCUCAAAAUUAAUUUAUCUGUGCUUCAAAGUCACUAAUCCGCGGUGUGAACUCGAUUAGAAGUAAGCUAAUUUUUUUCAGCAAACUGUGCGUUGGGAAACACUGUAGCAUUUACUUGGUUCAACAUUGCUUGGCAACAAGAAAAGUGAGACAAGUUGCACUAGUGCAUUUGUGUUUCCCAUAAGCGCAGCUCCACUUGAAAUGCCUUCACUGAAUCAUGCAUAUCAGUGAUCAAGUGGUUCCGGCCCUAGAGCAGCAGGUUCAAGUCGUUCAGAUGAGAGAUUAUGUCAGACAGAAAAACCAACUCACAUUUUCACUUUUUAUCCCAAAAACUGUGGAGUCUUUUCCCUUGCUAUCCAUGAAUUGACAGAUUUCCUUCAUCAGCUGGAAAAAUCUAUUAAGAACUUUACCCCGACUUAGCCACUGCACCUCUGUAUGAUAAGGCAUGUCGCCGAAUUCUGAGUCAAUUUCCUGCAAAAAAUACUGAAGUUGGCAGUGAUUUAAAUCUUUGGCUCUGAUAAAGUUGAUGGUUUGUGUUACAGUGCUCAUUACACCUUCCAUGUUGAGGACUUUACCACACAGUGAUCCUUGGUGUAUGACGCAGUGAUAUGCUAUCAGUUCACCAGUGCAGUUCUCCUGCAUCUUUAACCGCAUCCUUCAAACUAGUCCACUUCUUUCGAAGGUGCUUCAUCUGUUGUAAGUCCAACAUGUUUGUCCCAUGGCAGGUUCAUGUUGGUUAAACUUUGACUUAUGUUGUCAAAAAUGUCUUUUCCUGUCAUUGUCCCAUGCAUGGAUUUCAUGUCCAAUAUUUCUUCUGUAACAUUCAAACUGGAGUCCACUCCACGGAUGAAGAUGGCAACCUGUGCAGUGUCAGUUGUAUCAUUACUUUCAUCAGCAAGUGAGAAUGUAACAAAGACUUUGCCUUUUUUGAUCAGCUUUUUUUCACAUCAGUGGCUAUCUCACAGACCUGACCAGCAACCGUAUUUCUGCUAAGGCUUACAUUUGCAAACAUCCGGUUUUUUCUGAACACAAAAUGUCAUGCAGCGCUUCAGAAACUCUUCUUCUGUAAAUCGUACAUUUUCUAUUGUUGGCUGAGGAAGGCUUUAUGCCGAAACGUCCUUGUUUUUUGUCCUGUUACCUUAUUUCAAGCUUCCACAUACCUCGUUUCACUAUUUCAUUCUGUAAAUGGUCGGCCUGAUUUUGCGAUCUCCUCUGCCACAAUAAAACUUGCUUUCACAGCAGCUUCAGUUUGUGAUUUUGCUUUGGUGAAAAUGUCUGCUGUGAUGUUAAAUUCCUAUUUCAUUCUUCUACCUUCUGUAGCUUCUGCUCUGCAUUCAGGCUUUUAACUUUUAAUACAGUCUAGUUUGUUAAGUCUCAUAGUGCCGUAUCAGAUUAUAUUCCUUGAUCACAGACACAUUAUUUCCACAAAUAAGGAUCACUGAUUUACUGCAGGUUUACCACCAAUAUCAGUAAACCAGACCUGUUUACCCUCAAACUCUUAAAAUCGUACAAUAUCUUCACAAAAUCGUUCUUAAUAGUGAAAAAAUAAACAUACAGUAUAUAUACACCUCAAAAUCGUACAUUUUACGGCAAAAUUGUAAGAGUAAACUUGGUCAUUUUGAGGCUAGCUUUGAUAAAAAAAUUUGAUUUUAAAAAAAGAUUGUGCAUCUACCGACAUAAGCUUGAUUGAUAUCACCUAGGCCAGGCCUGCACAACUCAAAAUGUAAGGCGGGCCGUAAUAAAUUAUGAAAAACUUUGCGGGCCAAAAGAAAAUAGGACAGGACUUGUGGGGACCAAAAGAAUAUAGGUCAGGGGGAAAGCUAUUACUAUUAAGAAAAUAAUAAGAAUAAAGAAUAUUUCGUUACUUUGCGGGCCGCUAAGCAGCAAGCAGCUGCACAUAAUCAUUAAAAUGAUGGGGCUAAAGACUUUUAAACUUAAAAUUAAAGCUUACUUGGAGAACUAAUGAAAUCCAGACCCUAAAUGUAUGUAGUAUGGUCAUGAACAGUAGUGGCAAAGUAAUGCAUAAUCAUAAUAUGUACAAAAUAGAAUGCUGCACAAGAUUUGACCAAGACAUGAAACCCUCAUAAAAACAGUUGAAACAUUCAGGUCCAAUGGAAAUUUUUUACAAAACACAUUUUCCUACAUAAAAAUGGCAUUAUCAUUACUUUAAAAACAAAAGAAACCGUGCCUGGCAGCAAUGUUCCCUCUAAGGUUUGUUGGUUCGUGUGAAAAAUCAUACAGUUGUGUGCAAAGGUUUACAGCAUCAAUUUUGUGUGCAAAAUUUUACAGCCCAAAAACACAAACACACACUUACAUGGAAAUUCGCUGCGCGGUACUCAAAACUGUUCCGCGGCAUCUGUGAGAUAGCUGCGCAGCCGCACAGCUUAAAGGGAACAUUGCCUGGCAGUGAAACUAUAUUAAGGUCUUAAAUUUAAGAAAAUUUAGAUCCAAUUUAUCUAUUUUAAACUCCUGCUUUAAGCAUUAUCUCCUUUUUUCUAUGGAAGCAAACUUUGCAUGAGUUGUAAUUUUUUAUAGCAUUAUCAAUUAUGGGAUGAAGGGGCUCAUCAGCAGUAACUCAACACUAUUAUUUGUUGCAGUUUUUUUCUACUCCCCUCCCUUAAUCAUCACAAAGUUAUCACAAAAUUUUUGCAUCAAAACAUUUCAUCCCAAGUUAAUGCCCAACACCCCACGCUCCCUUUAAUGGAUUGCCUUCAAGACUGCACUGAGUGAAAAUUGACAGAUUUUAAAAAUAUAUUAGGUUUUUGGUUCCAUGCUAAUAACAAUAAUGGAUUCUGGAACCCUGGAAGACUUGACUCAGCACUUUCAAAAAACUUUGUCUGUGCUUAAAAAUGCUUUAAUGUUGUCAAGUGCUAUUGGCGACAUUGAUUAUAAUGAAAAUGCAUACAAUUUAAAUAAGUUAUUGGAUGCCAUGAAAUUUGAGUUGAGAAACAUGCGCAAGAAUGUUGAGACAGCAAAAGUACAAUUGGAAUCCUACAAGGUAAAAAUUUUCUUAUGGUAUUUAUCUGUUUAAUCAUUUUUUGGGAUGAGCUGUGAAAGUCAUGGCAAAUUAAAUUUAAAUGGUCAUCAUUCUUUGAACUACCGGAAUAAAUUAUAAAUGAUGGUAGACAUUACCUACUCUUGUCUUGCAAGCCAGUUAGGAUUCACAAGACUCAUAGUAGAAACAAUAAAAAAAUGUAUGUAUUAUGAAGCACCAUAGCAUAAAUACCCUAUGUAUAGGUCGCACCAGUGUUUGGGGGGUUGUCAAAGAUUUUUGGGGAAAGACAUCAGUAAUGUUGGAUUUUUUCUGAAGUUGAAUGCCUCCUGAACCAAUUUUGGAAGCAUCUUACUGUUUUCAUAGUUUAGUUCUAUUUACAUAAUUUAUUUUUUAUUUAAUUUAAAAAAAUGCAGAAAAUAUUAUUUUUUCCCAUUGAUUAUCUUGCUGGUCACACCUUCUUUAUUAAUUUAAACAAAUUGGUUUUGUGUUACACCCCAUUCUCCCUCCCAGUGGAUCUUAAGCAGAGGUGCCUGAACAAAACACUAAAAUCAGUUUUAAAAAAUUUUUACUUUGGGGAUGUCGGAAAUAUGUUUUGAAAUUGAGAUGGGGGGGUUACAGGAUAUGUUUUGAAAUCAAGAGGGGUGCGGCGCUGCAAAGAGGUAAAGAACUCCUGAUAUAUCCACUUUCUUUUGCUGAUCCAGUGGCAGAUUGUGUCUGUAGCACCACAGGGAUGGAAGUAACAUUAGCUACAAACGUAAAAGAAACAAUCAAUUUUCAAUAAAGGGGUCCCAAAGUCAAUAAGUGGCAGGGGGGACCUUCAAAAGUUAUGUGACCACUUUGCUACUGCUAACAUAACAACUGUCAUUUCUAUGGAUUUCAGAUUUAGUUCCUUCAUUAUAUUUCACUUUCAGUACUUCUCCAGUAGUUCUACCUUCAGCUAAACUUAGUGGACUAACUUAUAGAGACUCUUUUCAAUUUAUUUUAUAAUUUUUAAAAAUUAUGUAAUUUCUAUAUCUCUGUUAAGUAUGUCUUUUAAGUUAAAGAUCUUCUGGUACGGUAUCUGCUUAUUUGUAAAGCCUCUCACAAUUUUCUGUGUAAUUUUCCAAUUUGAUUAUUGUUUUUAGAAUAUCAAGCUGCAAACUGAGACAUUUAUAGAAAGUCUGCAAUAUGGAUUAGAUAAUGUCCCUUCAAGGCUACCUAAAAUGUAAGUAUUUUACUAUGUUGGUAAUUGUUUAACUUAUAAUAGAGUAUAACAAUUACUUGACAAAUACAUUUUUAUUCAUCAAUGAUUAAAUGCAGCUUUCAAUAAGCCCAAAUCUUUGUUCUUUUUAUAAAGGAAACCACAGGAUGAAGGCAAAGUUAAACAAGGAAUUGCAGACUGCUUACCAAAAGCUGAACCUGUUGGGAAGGUUAACAAUAAUAACAAUGGCUGUAAUUAUCUUAACUAUAUUACAGUGGGUGAAUUUGAAUCUGUGCCUAAGUAAGUUUGAACAAACUAUCCUUUAAAUUGGAAUUUAGGGAGGAAGCAGUGGGCAGGUAGUCUAACUUAAAGUAAAACUUUACAAUCUGAAAAGAGAACAAGUGUGUUUUCCCUUGAAUAGAAAAAGUUUGGUAAAGUUGAUGAUGAAAUAUCCUUUCAACCAAUGUGUAAGGCAUGUGCUCAUAAUAAUUAAAAGAAAAGCAAGGUCUGUUUUAUAUGAAUAAUUCAGGAUCAACUUCAGCUUAAUUUUCAUGCAAAAGCUUUCUGUUGGCAUUAAAAUCAAUUGAUAAUUAACUUCACAGUUCUUAGUUUACCAGUAUUUAUGAAUUUUAUUAAAAGCUAAUAUGCGUCAUCGUAAGAUGUUAUCUUGCGAAUGCUGGAAUUAUCAGGAUUUAAGUACGAGUACUUAAAUUUCUUUCAAAUCAUAAAAUGUCUUAAACUUUAUACUUUUAUUACUUUUAAAUUUCUUAUCACACGACUAAAUAAUUAAAGUUAAGCCCACUUAUUAUAAAAUCCUCAAAAACAUCUGCACUAAGAGUGAUUGAAAAGUUGUGCUGUUUAAAAUAAUUAUUACUCUUUUAAAUAUUUUGGUGUUUACCAAUACAAUCCAUAUUGUUUUUGAAAUGAACUUUAUUAUUAUUAUUAUUAUUGAAAUAGUAUUUUCAAAUUUUGCUUUAAAAUUUAAAUAGCGACUUAAAUAACAUGAAUUUUAAAGUUUUAAAAAUUGUUGCAGAUACAUGAAAGGGAGAUUAACAUAUGAUGGCAUUAAUUGUGCGAUUGAACAGCUUGACAAAGCUUUUACAGAGAAAUACAAAAUUAUGAAACAAAAAAAACCUCAACUAUCAAGUGCUAACAGGAAACUCUAUGAAGCCUUUAGACUGCAGGAGAGCAAUGACACAAAAGGUAAGUUCAGGAUUAAGAUAUCUGAGUGGUGUAACUAUUUGUUGUGCUGUCCAGAGAUAGGUAAAACUUUGUGAUGUCCCCACUUCCUUAAAAAUCUUAUUUAAUUGGUCUGGCUGUCUAUUAGGCUAGGGAAUAUUAAGUUCACCCAGAGCUGUGAUAUCAUUUCCUUCUUGAACUACUUCAUCUAGAACCAAUCAAUCUAGCAAAAUAUUUUCCCUUUUUCAUCAGCCUUGGGACGACAUCCAUCAACCGGUGGGUCGCGGCCCCUUUGGGGUUUGAACGACCCUUUCACAGGGGUUGCCUUUGACCAUCGGAAAACUCAUAUACACUACAGUUUGAGUUAUGAAAUAGUUACGAACAUAAUUUUGGGGUUGGGGGUCACCACAACAUGAGGAACUGUAUUAAAGGGUCACAGCAUUUGGAAGGUUGAGAACCACUAGACCAUAGAUUUUCAAAUUUUAUCUCAAAUCUAAAAUACUUUAUCAUUAUACUAUUAAAUUAAAGUCUAUUUAUUAUAAGUGAUCACAAUGUUAUUAAAAAAUCAUUUAAGCUAAAUUUGAACACUUCAUAAACGAUUCCAUAUGAUUUCACUUUAAUUACCCUUUAAACAUUUUCUUCAGUUGUCUCUUUCUAUCUGCUUUAUAGAGCUGACUCAGAUGUACACUGCUAAUGCCACAACUGCCAUGCAGUAAAAAAAAAGAAAAAAAAAAAAAUGUCUAUCUCCAUCUAUGCUUUAAGAAGCUAAGGCCAGAUUCAAAUCAAGCCAUUCACCAUAUGUACUGGAUCUACAGAACUAAGGACAUAUAGUUAACAAUGCUUUUCAUCUGUCCACAUUUUUUAUUAUUAAAGUUUUUAUUUUGUAGCACAACAUUCUUUAUUUCUAUUUACAGGAGUCCAUUUCAUUGUAGAGAAAGAUAUAGCAGAAUUCACAAACCUGAAGUUAGACAGCAGCACAAGAAAUAUUCUUACAAUUCUUCGGCAUUGUGGCAUGAUGCAUGAAAUCCGAGGUGCUGGAUUAGUUAGAUUUGCAACGUAUUAUUAGCUCAUGAUGUAAAAUGUAAAGGAAAUAAAAUUGCAUUAAAAAAUAUUGUUCUCUA